CUCUGUUUGCAGUGACUGUUGAAGAUGAGGACAGCCUUUUCAGUUCUCCUCUUUGUGCUGGCUGGGUUGCUGACACCACAGGUGGAUGGCCAGCAGCAGCUUGUCCAGCUGGAUAUGGCUCCAAAGGCAUUUGAUGAUCAGUAUGUGGGCUGCACAGAAAAAAUGGAGAAAAUUGCACCCCAGUUGUUAGAAGAAGAAAUGCACAAGAACAAAACCUUCAGUGCUGAGUGGGAGAAAGCUGCAAAGCACUGGAAGCAAAUAAAGAAUACCAUAAGCUACCCCUCCCAGUUCAAUGAUUUCCAUGGAACAGCUCUGGUGGCCUAUACUGGGCCCAUUGCAAUUGAUUUUAACACAGCUGUGAGAAACUUCACUUCAAAUGAUACAUUUCGCUUCAAAGCCUUCCAUUAUUACCUGACCAGAGCACUGCAGCUUCUCCGCUCAAGCAGGUGUCACACAGUUUACAGAGGCUCUAAAACCAGAUUUUCUUACAGUGGCACAGGAAAUAUACGAUUUGGACAGUUUACUUCAUCAUCUCUGGAUCGUGACAUUGCUAGGAAACAGUUUCAUGGUGACAGUGGGACCCUGUUUAUCAUCAACACCUGCUUGGGUGUUCAUAUUGAAGCCUUUUCACUGUAUCCAAAUCAGAAGGAAGUGCUGAUUCCAGGCUAUGAGGUAUACCAGAAAGUCACUGUCACCACCAAACCUCAUGAAACGAAUAACACCAUUACACUUGAAAACCCCCAAGCCAUGGCAAGUAAAUUCAAUUGCCUCUACAGCAAUUUCAAUGGAGCAGGUGAGUCUGAGUCUGUGUUGGAGAUGGGAGUGGUCAUGCUGACUUCCAUGUUACUAAGACUGCAUUGUGUCUGGGCCUACUGA